UUGUUUUCGACAAUUCUACUUCGACUUAUAAUGCCUUUGGAAUUGUUUAUUAACAGUCGCAGUCCGCAGACGCUGUAUACUGUAUAGUUUUACUUUUACUUUUUACACACAAACGUAAAUAUUUAUUAUUUACUAUUUAGUAUUUACAUUUUACAUAUCACUACAUUUAGCUCGUGCGUGUGGAUUUACGAUUUUUAAUAUCAUAAAUUUAGGUUUAGAGCGUCUAGUGUCCAGUGAGUGAUGACUAAUGUCUAAUAUCAACGUUUAAUAUCGGGUUUGACGGUUUUGAGACGACUCGCGAUUUAAUAUUUAUUAUUAUUUAUUAUCAUCAUCGUUGAUAAUAGAAAGUAAAAGUAGUUAUUAUUUAUUAUUUAAUAUCUGUCGUGACAACAUCGAGAGAAGACGUUCGUUGAUCGAUAAGAGUUUUUUGUAAUUGGUUUAAAAUUAAUCUAAAUCUUGCUUACUCUCUUAAAUCCGUAUUAUCGUGAGUUGAAGAUGCCGAAUAACCAAUUCAUGCACCCGAGAAAUAUAUACCGUACACCUCCCCCGUUUAAAGAGUUGUCUAUAAAGUAUCCAGAGUUCAAUAAAUACGCAUCGACUGGUUUGAAUGGCAAAAUUAUUUUCGAUUUUAAAAAUCAGGAAGGCCUCAGAUUGUUGACAACUAUAUUAUUGAAAAAAGACUUUGAUUUAGAUGUCGAUUUACCAGUUGGUAGAUUAAUACCUACCAUCCCAUUACGACUGAACUAUUUAUUGUGGAUUGAGGAUCUGUUCAAUUUAAACUACGACAAUACAAAAAAGAUCAAAGGAAUUGAUAUAGGUACAGGUUCUUCGUGUAUUUAUCCAUUAUUAGCCGCUAAAAAAUUUCAGUGGUCCAUGGUUGGUACUGAUAUCAAUAAAGAAGCUAUUAAAAAUGCUAAUGAAAAUGUGAAAAAAAAUAAUUUGCAACAUUUAAUUCAAGUUCUUGAAGUAUCAGAAUGGGAAAGAUUAUUGCCAGUAGCAGUAGAUGAACAUUAUGACUUUUGUAUGUGCAACCCACCUUUUCAUAGUUAUUCAAAUUUAAAUUCAUCAGAUGAUGAAGCAAAUAGUUCAAUAGGGAUUACUUCUGAAAUGUAUACAAUAGGAGGAGAAGUUGAUUUUGUCAAAAAAAUGAUCAAGGAAAGUGAAAUAUUACAAAAUUCGAUAAGUAUUUAUACAACAAUGGUUGGUUAUAAAGCAUCAUUAGACCCUCUAAAAAAUGAACUGAAAGCUAUUGGAGCAUGUACAGUUGCAGAAGCUGGUUUUUAUCAAGGUCGGAAUGCUCGUUGGGGAAUUGCUUGGACAUUUCAGCCUGAUAUUAAAUUAAAAGAUUUUUUGCCUAAUAAAGAGUUUCAAAAGCAGAAAUUGAAACUUAAACCUCCUGUGUCUUUUAUAAUUCCAAAAACAUAUGAUUCUACAACUGCACUAACCAAACUAUCAGAACUUCUAUCUAGUCUUAAGUUGUCCAUAGCGAUAUUAAAAUCAAAAAGUGAUGAAAAUAUCUUAUACCAAGCUGACAUUCAAGCCUAUGAAAAUACAUGGACUCAUCAAAGACGAAAGAGGCGUAUGGAAAAAAGAUUAGCUGAUAGCAAACGCCAAAAAACAAGCGAUAAUUGCGUACAUAUUGAAUCUGAUGAUGAAAAAGCUAAUCAGAAUUUAGAAACCAAAGUGAAUGCCAAACCAUUAUUUUCAGCUACACUAGUUUUAAGAAAAGCAGACAAUUCAAUUAUUAUAGACAUGUUGCACCUGGACGGCAAUAGAGACAAUUCAUACCAAGUUUUUCAGUUUUUUAAGAAUAGAUUUGUAUAAUUAGAGUUUCGUGUGACACAAAUUUAGGAAAACCAAAUCCAAGGCUAUCUGGCUGUGUACUUGGUCGUUGAAAAUUCUCCCAAGAUGGAUC